GAGCGGGAGCCGGGAGCGUCCCAACGAGCCGCGAGGAAGCUCAGGCUCAGUCUACCGUCACUGUUCGUGAGCGUCGCUUCGACACGCCGUACCGCGCGGUUUCGCAUCGAAUACGAGUAUCGUUCGUCGCGUUUUCUUUUUCAACCGUGAAAAUCGUUCACCUUCGACGUAACGCGAGACUCGACCAACGAGAACGUCAACGAACGAAGAUAACCGUGUCGAUCGCGUGAACGCGUCGAUCGGUAUCUAGGGGCCAGCGUCAUCAUGCUCGAUCGGCGCGUUUGAACGUUGCGCGUUCGUUGUCCGUAGGGAAACCGGAUUCCGAGACUGCUCUAAAACGAGACUGUCGGCGAACGAGAAAAUGAACGCACCGGUAUACGCUUCGUCCUGCCCCGCGUUGCAGUCGAAUCUUUCGCUGCACAGUUCUUCUUACUACAACGAGUACAGCGGAGCCGCUAGGAGAAGAUUAUCGUCGACGGGCGAAGCGGAUACCUCGGCCACGUCCAGUUACGAGGGUAGCGACAGUUCCGAAAACAGCGACGAGUCCCGUCUGGAACCGGUUAGCCAAAUGGAGAGGGAGCAGCUCGAAACAUUUUUCCGGGGCUUAAAAUCUCAGGUAUUCGUCUGCGAGUCUUUGGCAAAUUUGUACCUGGGGAGCGCGUCGCAGACCGAAAGAUGGGAACUUCGAUUCACCGGUAUACCCGUGGUGGUGCUGGAUCUCGGAGAAACGCGAUCCAGAUCAAAGAGACGAAUUCAAAUUCUGCUGGCCGAACGCGGUACCUGUUUCACCUUAUGGAGAGAGACCAUCGACAAUUUGUCGUCGUACAAGGUGUCAGGACCGGCAUUUCACACGAUGUGUCUUUCCUCCGACCAUACGCGCUUGGCUGGCCUCAGUUUCGACAAUCCGAAAGCUGCGAACGAUCUCUGGCAGCACAUAGAACGGCUCGUGUCCUGCCCGGAAAAUAUCAGCCUUUCGGUACCGGGAAAGAAGAAGAAGAAACAGGUGCCGAAGAAGGUGGUUCUACCGGCGAAAAGCAACAUCAGCCAACCCUGUCAGUUUCAGCACGUGACCAGCGUCGAUGCCGCGGAUCGAUCGCGAUAUUUCUCGCUUCAAACGUUGGUGCCGCCUCUGAACGAGCUCGAGAACUCUUUGGAAGCGAAUUUCUGAGAAAAGGAGAAGUCGGACCAACGUCCCGAUUCGUAACUCGUCUCGGACGUUCGUCUCGAUAUUUCUGCUGCGUUUUUAGAUAAAUUCAAUCUACAGAGUAAACGCGGUGCGAAUCGCUGUUCGGAAUCGCCGAUUCUAACCUGCUGUUCGAAAUUUGAGGUACGCGAGCAGGGUAAAGCGGAUCGUUCGAGAUGAUCGGUGUUUCUCGAUGAAGUAACUUGAAAAAUGAGUGUUAGUCUCGCGUGUUUGGAGGAACGUGUGCAGAGUAAAGAAUAAGAGGAUUCGAAUCGACGAGGAAAAUUUCUUUCCCUUUGGAUAAUAACGAUCGUCAGAGGGAAUAAUCGAAUCGAAAACGUUACGAGAAUCAUCCGUCAAAGGUACUGGAUUAUCGACCGAAAUCGAUGAAAUCGACGAGAAAUAUUUUGCUUCUCCAUGGAUGAUAUUAAUGAUCGAACAGCAAAAGGAAAGAUAGUGGAAUUUGUGCCGCAACGAGCAUUUCUCGCCGAUAGGAGAACUGCUCUGUGACCAUGAAGCGGUUACCAGAACACGAGUCGACGUUCAGUCAAUAUUUGUUUUCGAUGUCCAAACGAAAGAAUCAAAACGUAGUAUCGUAGUGGAAAAGAUUACGAAACUCCGAACGAAUGAUGUAAACGCGAGGCGUUUGUUAUCGAUAAACUGUACAAGUUUUAAGUGAUAGGCUAUUUUUCUCGAAAAAAGUUGAUAAUGUACCUUCGGUACAAACACUUCUAUUAAGAUAUAGGGAUCGACUCUUCCCUCACGAGUUUCAAAAUCAAAACUUCCCGUUAAAUAUCGUUCUCGCGACUGUUUAGAAUCGUUGCAUCACUGUUCUCGAUCGAUAUCAUAGUUGAGCGCGAAAGCUUACGCUAGUUGCGUCGCCGCUUCGUGUGCAUUCGACGAAUUCACGAAUAUUUCGAAAAAACUGUGCGUCUAGCUUUGUCGUAGUCGAAAGAUUAGUUGUCUAUGUUCCAUGACGAAUAUACGCGUCGUACACCCGGAGGGAUAUUAAUCCUUUGCACUAUCUUCCUGGACGACGUUAGAUCGUUAACUGGAUUAAUUUCUUCUGAAGGCACUUGCGCAAGAGAUUAAUACCCAGCCGGUAUUAAAUCAAGGUACACUUCGUGUCCUUUUCUUCCCCGUUUAAAAUCUCUUACUGUCGGCAAUCUUUCAUUACCGUCUAGAUAAUGAGUUCAAUUCCAAAUUCUACCGAAUGACAUCGAUUCCAUUCGAAAACUGCUUCGAUACGCACGAGUCGUAUACAAACCUAUUGGACGUAGCGCGGACUCGUCCGUUUGGGUAUUUAUAGAAUCUCGGUGCAGCAUUUUCACCGCAACCUGUUAGAAGAAAAUGAACACGUAAUAACGGAGGUAGACUCGAGUCAGGUUUGGCUUCAGCCAUUUGUAGCAUAAGCGUUUAUCGUAAAAACUCCGAACAGAGUAUUUCAACUUUUCUCUUUGUCCAUUGCGAGUGUUAAUCUACGAUCGUAUGUCGAGAAUAGCUUAUCGUUGUUCGUUCCUGGAUAUUGCGCGACCGGAAAACGACCUCGCGAGCAGACGUUGAUCCGCUUUGUCCGUGUGUCUUGAUCGCGAUCCGCUAAUCUGCAUCGCUCGACACAUCGAGGAAAGCGUUAUAAUCGUCUUGAAAGAGUUAUCACUCGAUAGUCCUGUAAGCGCGAGGUUUCGGCCGUGACAACACUGGUUUUACCAUCCUACGCUUAGACGAGCGAUUUUAACGUAAAUUGUCCUAACGAUAAUAGCCUUUGAACGUUUCGUCGUUACUCGACGUUGAUCGUUAACGUUGGUCGUUUCUCGAUGCGAUUCACAUAUCGCGCGUUUAACAAAUCUUACGUCGUCGAAUCCGAUAGAUCUAACGAACGUAAAAUCAUCGUUUCAAGAAAAGACAACUAAAAUGGCGCGAAGAUGAGAAAAAUAUUAAACUUUGUUCCAUUUGCGCGACGCUUGCGAGCUCUGGAUAUAUGCGAGAUCGAAGGUUGCUAAUGUAUCGUAUAAAAAAUGGACGAGUAUCAAAUAUUUCGCGUUUGAGAAUAAAAUUAGCGUCGAUGCGUUUGCGCUGCGUUCGUAACGUAUUCGUUUGCUUCCGGCGAUUUUCAGCGAAAUAAUCUUGAUAUCGAUUAACGUUAAUUUCUUUGUCUACGACUGUGAUAUAAAUAUAUUUGUAUAGUUACGUUUCGUACCAUGUAUCCGUAUCGAUUAAUCAUUUUGAUAUAUCAGUUUACGACCAUCGUUGCGCAUGUAAUAACGUAGUAAUAAACGAUUACAGUACGAAU